AAUAGUUGCGUUUGUCUCUCGAAGGACGUGAAUAGGCAGGUUCACAUCGGGUUAAUUCUCCACUCAGGUUGUGUGAGUCCUACCUUGUUUCCCGAAAGGAAGUACAACGGACGGAAGUAUUCUGUGCCAUUUGAGGACUUUGUCUAAAAAAAACGGGUGGUUAACCUCAACUUGUCAAGACACAGAAUGGCUGCACUGCGUCGUCUGAGGCAGUGCCACCCCACAGGCAUGGCUGUCUCUCAUCUUCACACGAGCAGCCACGCCUCUGCCAAACAGCAUUACAAAAUGCUUGUCCUCGGAGGAGGAAGUGGGGGCAUUGCAAUGAGUGCACGAAUGAAGAGGAUGUUGGGAGCUGAGAACGUGGCCGUCGUGGAGCCCAGUGAGAUGCACUACUAUCAGCCAAUAUGGACCCUGGUUGGUGCUGGCGCAAAAACUGUAGCCUCAUCAGGUCGUUCCACCGCGAGUGUUAUUCCGUCCGGAGUGAAGUGGGUGAAAUCUAAAGUUCAAGAAAUAAACCCAGACUCUAAUACCGUCCACACAGAGGAUGGGACUGAAAUCUCCUAUGAGUAUUUGAUUGUGGCUCUUGGUUUACAACUCCAUUAUGAGAAGAUCAAAGGAUUGCCAGAAGGAUUUGAACAUCCAAAGAUUGGGUCAAACUACUCAGUCCAAACUGUGGAGAAAACGUGGAAAGCACUGCAGGACUUCAAAGAGGGCAACGCUGUGUUCACGUUCCCAAAUACUCCAGUGAAAUGUGCCGGAGCUCCACAGAAGAUCAUGUACCUCUCAGAUGCCUUUCUCAGAAAGACAGGAAAAAGGGCAAAGGCCAAUGUAAUAUACAACACAUCACUUCCUGUGCUCUUUGGGAUAAAGAAAUAUGCUGACUCAUUGUGGGACAUUGUGAAACAUCGUGAUUUACAAGUGAAUCUGAGGCAAAAUCUGAUUGAAGUGCGAGCAGACAGGCAAGAAGCUGUGUUUGAAAAUCUUGACAAACCAGGCGAAACCAAAGUGAUUGAGUAUGAAAUGCUUCAUGUCACACCACCAAUGGGACCCAGUUCAGUGAUUAAAGGCAGUCCACUGGCAGAUGAGGCUGGCUGGUUGGAUGUCAACAAAGACAACCUCCAACAUCAGAGGUAUCCAAAUGUGUUUGGGAUUGGAGACUGUACCAGCGUCCCCACAGCCAAAACGGCCGCCGCUGUCGCUGCACAGUCCGCUAUCUUGAACAGAACCAUCAGCAAAAUCCUGAGAAAUGAGAAGCCAGACAAGAAGUAUGAUGGUUAUACUUCAUGUCCGCUGGUUACAAGCUACAACACAGUAAUUCUGGCAGAGUUUGACUUCAACGGACAACCACUGGAAACCUUCCCCAUCAACCAAGCCAAAGAAAGACGAAUCAUGUACCACAUGAAAGCUGAUCUGAUGCCUCAUCUCUAUUGGCAUGGCCUUCUUAAGGGCCUGUGGGGCGGACCGGGACCAUUCAGAAAACUCUUUCAUCUUGGAAUGAAGUGAAACCUCAGCAUCAGUUUGCAAGUUAAAGGUUACAUUACCUUAACUUCUUUUUCCAUCAUUCUCUUAAAGGAGUAGACACUUCUAUUGGAUAUUUAUGGUCUGGACAUCAUGACUAGCAAGUUUGAUCAAGUUGUCUUGAAUAUUUAAAUGUCUAGGUUUACUGAAACCUGUAGUAAGUGACACUGACAUUACCAUGGAAUAAAACGACUCCCUGUAAUGAGAAAGAGUCGCUCGUAAACACUGAGAAUUAACACUCUGCAGCUAUAUGUAGCUUUAAGCUGCUUAUAGUUCAAUCUUUUGGUUCUUUUGGUGACACAUUGAAUGUAAGAUUUUGCUGCUUUCAUCAACCCCAGUAUCCAAUCAGCAAUGAGAUCUUUAUAAAACCCUUGAACAAGCCUGUAGAAGAUUAUUUGAUUUACAUCCUCCACAUGCACAUUAUAAGCCGCAGGUUUCACCUGAGUCCACAGCCUAAGUUAGCCAGGCUCUUCCAAAGUUUAUUCAGUCUGUUGCUGCAGAGUAUUUAGUCCAUGUUGCCAAUCUAUAUCUGAGCCAUCAUCUGACACAUCACGUACAAUAAACUGAUGCAAAUUGGCCUUUUUAAAUUUUUGACAAACUGUACAUGAACAAUUAAUAAUGUUGUGGAUACAGUUACACGAUCAUUUGUUAUGUUAUUGGAGUGAUGUUCAGCUUACAGCUGUAAUCAUUGUAUACCAGUCAUUAAGUAUGUUGUGUUGGUAGCAUUUACCAAGCAGAGUAUACAGAUAUACUCUUUUUUUUUGUAUUUUGGUGCAAGUCAGAUAAUAUGUGUGUUGGGAUUUAACUGGGUGUUUCCAGCUUAAAUGCUGAAGCAUACAGUCUGUGAAAAGUUUUUUUUUUUUUUUCCAUGGUAUUACAUCCAUUUCAUCCUUUGUGCUACCAGACAUUUUGUAUGAGUGGUCUUUGGGAAUGCUCCAUACGUGCAUUCCUUACAUUUAAAUGUCAGAAAUAUAGUUUUGUACAGAGUGAUUAUUUUAUCAGUGCUUGACUACGUUCUGAACAUUUUGGUGGUUAUACAGUCAGUGCUAACUUCAUUGCUGUGUUAAAAAAAUAAUCAGUUUUUAAUCAUUAAAGUGACUGUGUAAGUUUAUAAACCUACUGCAAUGAUGCUAUUAAAGUAAAAAUAUAAAUUGAUGAUGAAAAAUCAUAAAUAUAUACUCAGUAUAGUUUCAACUUUGUUGCGCUUUAUGGUAUUUUAUAUCCAGUGGUGUGGUGGAAUAAUGAAUGUCAUAGUAUUUUUUUAUUUUUUUUGUGUAGUAUUAUUUACUUUUCUGAGAUCCCUGAUUAAUAUGAUCACUUGACGGCUUCGGGCACAAUUGGCGAUAGGUGGACAGUGCCUUUUCUGCAAGUCUGUCAAGAGUCCACAUGAUCCUUAGUCAAAUGUAAAAUGUGAACACUGUACUGAGUUGACUGACUUCUUAGGAAAUGAGUGACACGUUUUUUUUGCAUGUUCUAGCCCAUUAAGUGUUAUUUUUAAUGACUUAAAAUCACCAUAGCUUUCUUAUAUUGUUUUCAAAUUGAUGAAUGCCUUCGUCUGUCAAAAGUCAUCAGCAGGACAAUACUUAUUCAUGCAAACUGAACAUGCAUGUUGGCCAUGCAAGAAUAAAGCCUCUAAUAAGGGUGUUUGUCCUGCUGUUGCUUCUGUUUAUUUUUUGUUCUGAGGAAUCAAUGUCCAUGUACAUUACAGAGUUGAGUGUGUCAAUUGAUAAUAAUCACUGCCCAACAGGCAGCCAGUCCAUUCCACUGUGAUAUGAAAGACAGCCUCAGAGAGCUGUUGCGUGACAAAUUGUUUCAAUAAAUCAUUGCUUGUCA